UGUGAUUUACGCUUAUGAAGGUAGUAGUUCAAAUAUACCAGUCGUUCAGUUAUCCAAUUUUUUUUUCCAAUACUUUAAUGAAAUCAACCAUUGACAGUUUAUAUUCAAGUUAAUGAUCUUGUAAAAUUGGUUUUCAGAUAAUAUGAAUCUGGUCUGUUGUUUGAUCUGUCGCCAACAAAUGCAGACUUUGAAAUCAUUGACUGCUCAUUAUCUCAAGGAUCAUUCCAAAUUCAAAAUAGUGAAACAACUUUUGAAAGUAAGUUUAUCACGAGGGACUCCACUAAUAACCAAGCAUCGAAACACAGGCAAUUUAAGCAAGAGUCCAAAGAAAAUUCGUAAAAAAAUUCAACUUGGUUCAAAUUCUCUUCAUACAGAAACUCUAUAUUUAACUGACAAUAUACGUAUUCUUUGCGGCCAAAAUGAAAUAAUAAUUGGAGACACUAAAAGUAACAUUGAUAUGGAGUUUUCUUUUGAUGAAUAUAGCAAAGAAUACUCUGUACCUUCGAUUGAUGAUGAAGGAAACAUUGCAACAAGUGAUUGUGAUGCUGAAGUUUUACCCAGCGCAAAGUAUAAAGAACGAUGUUUAACUUCUACUUCUUCAGAAGAAAGUGCUGCAAAUUCAAAAAAUUUUAAAAAGAAAAUGAAACGUAAGAAAGUCAUCAGAAGCAAAAUGAGUCAUUAUUGCAUUGAUAUUUCAAAAAUGCAAGACUUGCAAUCUUUGGAUGAAAAAAAUGGAUACUUUUAUACAUGCCACUGUAGAAAAAAAUCCUUUAAAAAACAUGAUAUUUCACAGAAAACUGAUUUAAGGAUAAUAACUUCUGAUACAGAGUCUUGUUCAGAUACCAGCAAAAAUUCCAUUAUGCCUAUUAUUGAUACAAAAAUAUUUUGUAGUAAAUGUGGUAGUGGUUAUAAAACAGAAACAGAACUUGAAAAUCACAUGUACGUUCAUGAAUCUUUCUGUCGUUUGUGUAAUAUAUCCUUUCCUUGUGAAUUCAGUUUCAAACAGCACAUGCAACUACAUAUUUUCCGAAUUUUUGUUUGUCACAUUUGUUUUACUGAAUGUCCAUCCAGAGAAAUGCUUCUCAGACACUUCGAUUUUCAUAUGGAAGACCAUACUUUUGAAACAGUUAUAGAUAUGGAAGAGGAUUACAAAACUUACAGAUAUAAUUUUAUGAACAAAAGUUACCAUUGUAGUAUAAAUAACAUUAUUUGUUUUUUAAGUGAUCGAUCUGAUUUCUAUUAUUGUAGUUAUAAAUUAUCGAAAUGUGUUUGCAGUAUUUGUCACAAGGAGGUCCAUUUGUAUGACUAUGAGCGUCACAUACAACUUUGUCAUAGUAAUUAGCUUUUCGAUUUCCUAAAUAUACUCUUGUCAUUUACUGAAUUAUCACAUGAUAAAAACUCAAUAAUCAGGAUAAUUAUUGUGAUUUCAAUUUUACAAUACUUUGUCUUUCAAUUGAUGAAAUACAAUUCAAUAUUCAGUAUUUGAAUACAUAUAUUGAUUACAAUGUAUAUAAAUGAUAAAUGAUUGAAGGCUAGGUAACAUUUAGAGAGUUUAACAGUGAUUAAAUGCACUGAAUCUAUUGAAAACACGUUCCCAACAGCAGAACAAAAAUUACGGCUUCUCGGCGCGCGUUUUGUUAACCAAGUUAGUGUACUCAGGGGAUCAUUGUGGCUAAAAUUUCACUACUAUGUUAGUGUUUUUAUAUGCUAGUGGCCUAACUACUACCUGUUAGCAUUACCUAGCUACAUCGGUUAGUAUUACCUAACUACUACCUGUUAUUGAAACUAUGCUGUACAACCUUUUUUUAUACCUCUAAUUUCUUAUGUAUUUCCUCCAUUUCAGUGAAUUUCUCCAAUAUUUAUCUGUUUUUAUAAUUUAGAAUUAUGACGUAUAAGACCAAACAAAGGUCUGUUCGAAAUAGGACCUUUGUCGUUAUUCAUAGAAUUCGUUCCUCACUUUUCGAUUUCCAAGCUUUGGAAGGCAUCCAAAACCUGUUGUCAUGUACUUUUCUCAACAUUUUAAACAUUUCCCACUUAUUCUAUGGUCGUUCGCUAUGGCAUGUUGAGCGAUGCUAGAUUUCUCCAGUCUAUGAAACCGAACAUGCGAAACAUUAUAGCGAGCUAAUAUAGUCCGUUUGGUUUGAACAACAUAUUUCUUAUCAUUAUCCUCGCAGCUGAUUUCGUGAAUCCCAUACGAAUUAAAUAUUUUUUCAGAAACCCCAAGGAAUCUCUAUACUUAAUACUAAUAUUGUAAACUUGUCCUUAUUCAGCGUAAUUGUUCAAAAUUAAUUCCCAGAAAUCAGUUCCGAUGAGUCAGCAUGACAAAACAAGAGAAUUUAAUGUUCAUUUUCAAUACAAGUAACUAGAAACAUUUCUUUUUGAAAUUUUUAGUUUCAAUUUCUGAAUCGAGUUUUCAAUUAUAUGGUGCAGGUCAAAGUUGUUCAUUGUUUUUUGAAAAUCAUUUUUAUUGUAUUACUAUAUUAUUCCUUUCAGUUCCUUAUCUACCCCAUCGAAGGUGCCUUAUGUUCAUUUAUAAGAAGUAAAUAUGCUUUAUUUUUUUAUUUUUUUUUAAUAUUGAUAAAGUUGUUCAUUAUUUUUUGAAAAUCAUUUUUAUUGUAUUACUAUAUUAUUUUAUUCAGUUACUUAUCUACCCCACCGAAGGUGCCUUAAGUUUAUUUAUAAGAAGUAAAUACGUUGUAUUUCUCAAAUUUUUUUUUUUUUUCAAAUCUUGAUGAAGAUAAUAUAAUGUUGUUUUUC